AUGUGCGCUCCUCUGCGAGGGCUGGCAGCCACAGUGGAGAAACUCCGCACGAUGUCAGCGGUUGACUGCCAGCAGAGCUCUGUGCUGGCAGGUAGCGCCGCUCUGGCCCUUCUGGGGGCAUUUUUCCUAUACGGCUCGCGCCCCUCUGCCUAUGGGAAGCACUCCGAGCGCCUGCUGCCCAAGGCGACCUGCCUGCCCGCUGGUGCCGCCUGGUUCCUGCAGGAGCUGCCCUCCUUUGCAGUGUCUGUGGGGAUCCUCGCCCAGCAGCCCCGCUCUCUCCUCGGCCGGCCGGCCAGUGUGCUGCUCGGUCUCUUCUGCGCGCAUUACUUCCACAGGACAUUUGUUUAUUCACUGUUCACUAGAGGAAGGCCUUUUCCAAUUCUGUUGCUUUUCAAGGGCAUGACCUUCUGCAUGGGAAAUGGAUUCCUCCAAGGCUACUCUCUGAUUUACUGUUCUGAAUACCCAGAUGAGUGGUACACUGACAUACGGUUUAUCCUGGGUGUCUUCUUAUUUAUUUUGGGAAUGGGAAUCAACAUUCAUAGUGAUUACAUACUGCACCAGCUCAGGAAGCCUGGAGAAAUCAUUUAUAAGAUUCCGCAAGGUGGCUUGUUUACCUACGUCUCUGGGGCCAAUUUCCUUGGUGAGAUCGUGGAAUGGUUUGGCUUUGCCCUGGCCACCUGGUCCCUCCCAGCUCUCUCCUUUGCAUUUUUCACACUUUGUUUCCUUGGACUGCGAGCUCUUUACCACCACAGGUUCUACCUCAAGAGGUUUGAGAACUACCCCAAAUCUCGAAAAGCUCUCAUUCCAUUCAUCUUUUAAAAGAAACCAAAUCAGGGCCUCCCCAGUGGUGCAGCGGGUUGAGCACAGCACUGUGAAGCUGUCCGCAGCCUCUCCCUGCCCGCCAGGGAGAUUCUCACAUGGCGCAGUAGACCUCUCCUGUCUUGCCCUCUGCUCCCCUCAGCAGUG